AUGAAUCAAGGAGAAGAUCCAUACUUCAGAUUUCGUGAUGAAGUAGAUGAAGGCAUUUCGAACUGUGAGCAGCAAACCCGUGAAUGGGAAGUUCUCCGUUCGAGUGUACAGAGCCAGCAACGUGCAGAUUGGGUAAAAAGCGAAAUCCAGUCAAAGCUUGAACCAAUCAGGAAACAAAUUAUCGACUUAGAGAAAAUGAAUGCAAUGAUUUUAGCAAAUCCAUCAAAAUUCAAAAAUAUCACUCAACAAGAAGUUGAUAAUAGACGCGCCUUUAUUUCAAAGUCAAGAGGAAGAAUCUCCCAGAUCGAGAGUCAUCUCGCAUCUCCUCCACCAGAUACUCCAGAGAUGAGAGCGGCUGCAAAGAGAGAUCGCGUCGCAAGAGCUAAAAUUGACGACCAUCAACGUGCAAUCGAUUCUGAAAUUCAAAACCAGCAAGUUCAGUUACAGCGCCAAGAUGAAAAUCUUGAUAUGAUCGGAAAUGAAGUUGCUCAAAUUCGCGUUAUUUCUAAUCAAAUUGGAGACGAACUUCGUGAUCAGAACGAUCGUCUUGAUGCAGUCAAUGACCAUAUGGAUAGAACAGAUAACAAAAUCGAAACUGUUACUCAGAAAAUGCAAAAAUUGUUGUCUAGUAAGACAACAUGGCUUUGGGUAGCUUGCUUUGUUCUUACAAUCCUUCUCGCUGUAAUUAUGUUCCUCGCUUUCACUACGUAA